AUUUUUGAAUAGGGAAGAUGGCAGCCGCGGCAGUGGUGGAGUUUCAGAGAGCUCAGUCUCUCAUCAGCACAGACAGGAACGCUUCUAUUGACAUUUUGCAUUCAAUCGUGAGGCGAGAUGUUCAGGAGAAUGAUGAAGAGGCGGUUCGAGUCAAGGAGCAGAGCAUCCUGGAGUUGGGCAGUCUUCUUGCUAAGACUGGACAAGCUGCAGAGCUUGGAGGCCUGUUGAAAUUUGUGAGGCCUUUCCUUAUCUCCAUAAGCAAGGCAAAAGCAGCACGCUUGGUGCGCUCGCUCCUGGAUCUCUUCCUGGACAUGGAGGCAGCCACGGGCCAGGAGGUCGAACUGUGUCUAGAAUGCAUUGAAUGGGCUAAAGCUGAGAAGAGGACCUUCCUCAGACAGGCCCUUGAGGCUCGCCUUAUUGCACUCUAUUUCGACACUAAGAGAUACCAGGAAGCCCUGCAGCUAGGGACCCAGUUGCUUCAGGAGCUGAAAAAAAUGGAUGACAAAGCUCUGCUGGUGGAAGUCCAACUGCUGGAGAGUAAAACCUACCAUGCCCUCAGCAACCUGCCCAAAGCAAGGGCUGCCCUUACCUCAGCCAGGACCACCGCCAAUGCCAUUUACUGUCCACCAAAGCUCCAGGCGGCUCUCGAUAUGCAGUCAGGUAUUAUCCACGCGGCUGAAGAGAAAGAUUGGAAAACGGCCUAUUCUUACUUCUUUGAGGCUUUUGAGGGCUACGACUCCAUCAACAGCCCGAGGGCCGUCAUAGCACUUAAAAACAUGCUCCUGUGCAAGAUCAUGCUCAGCUUGCCAGAGGAAGUGCAUUCCUUGAUCGGUGGCAAACUGGCUCUACGAUAUGCAGGAAGACAGACUGAUGCACUGAAAUGUAUAGCACAAGCUAGCAAGAACAGAUCAUUAGCAGACUUCGAAAAGGCUCUGACAGAGUACACUAAGGAACUGAGGGAUGACCCCAUCAUCAACACACACUUGGCAACACUUUACGACAAUUUGCUGGAACAGAACCUCAUUCGAGUCAUUGAGCCUUUUUCCAGAGUACAGAUAACACACAUAGCAGGCCUCAUCAAACUCUCAAAGGAAGAUGUUGAGAGGAAACUGUCACAAAUGAUCCUGGACAAAAAGUUUUACGGCAUACUUGACCAAGGUGAAGGCGUCCUUAUCAUAUUCGAAGAACCACCUGUGGACAAGACCUAUGAGGCAGCUCUAGAAACCAUACAGAACAUGAGCAAAGUUGUGGAUUCUCUAUACAACAAGGCUAAGAAGUUAACAUAGAAUAAACACGGAAGCUGCUGUUGUGUGAAAUGGUUGUGUGUUUGCCCGUGUGUAUGUUUGUAUGGCCAAUGUGUGGAACUAUUUUUCUCACAGCAAAGGGACAACGCUAAAUGCAACAGGAUCUACUUAAUCCCGGUUGAGUUUUUAACGUCUCUUUUCUUUAAAACGGACAAUUUCAUCUUCCUGAUAUCCUGAGUUUUUCCCCCUCUCUGUAUCUCUUAACGGCCAAUGCAGGCCAUCAGGGAAAAUUGUACAACUACAAUAAAAUCCUAUAAUGUCAUAUAGAAAUGUAUAGGUCUUCUACAUUUAAAGUUUUUUAAUUACAGCAACUUUGUGAUACAAAGACUCUCGGGUUUCAGUUAUCUGCGGUUCAUUGGUUGUUUGGCAGUAGAACAUAUCUUUCUCCACCCUUUUUGUGCUUUAUGGAUGUAUGUACUGUCUAAGGUUCUUGGCUGUCAUGGGUUUGAUAGGCUCUGUAAUAAGCACAGUUGCCAAUCCUAUACCGACACUAGAAAAUUAUUUUCUAAGUUCAUAUGAUCAAGAAUAUUGCUUGUCGUUUACUUUCUCAGUACACUGUUUUUACGGUUUUGUAUUUACAGUUUACUGUUUGCCAAGUAGGGAGGUUAAUAAAUGGCCCCAAUCCCAAUGUUUUUGAUCUGAUAAAGUACUUCUUUCAAAAGACAGUUUUGUCUGUACUGAGAUUCGAUUUUUUCUUAUGCUCUUUUCUGAUCAGCAUCUCAAUGCAAACUUUAUUUGUUUCCAGCGAUGGGGUACCGUUAGAUAUCCCAAAUGUUGUAUUUCAUGAUAUUUUAAGAUUCAGUGUUUUGUAUGUUUUUAAAUAACUCAUUGCUUUCCUAAAAAUCUAAGCGCUCAGAUUUUCUUUAAAAAAUAAUUUAUGAUCCCACAUUUCUCUUAGUGUGCAAUUAUUAUUAAUACAGAAACAAGAGAAAGGUUGGAGAAUGGUGUGUUUAGGCAAUUCUUUGAUGCCAAGUGUUGAUUUAUGGGCAUCUUGCAUGUGUUUGUAAUUGAUUUGUAAUGGCAAUUCAGCAUUGAUCAUCAAGCAUUUAGUGUGAUAUUAAACACUUUGAAGGUCUUUUAUUCUUGUGACGAAAUUAAAAAUGGUGGCCCACA